AUAUAUAGAAUGAGUGACGACUUUAACAACUUGAGAAACUUUGUUCUUGGUCAUGGAGACAAUGAUCCCUCACAACUGAAGGCGCCCGAAGGUCAAGUGCGUCUGGAGAUCACUCACUCAGUACUGUCAGACGAUGUGCUCGGAGCAAACAACUGGAAGAACUUCCAACUUGAUCAAACUGUUCAACAACUAAAGGAGAAGCUGCAUCGAUUCGUUGGUACAGAGACAAAGUAUAUGACACUACAGGUUAGAGAGGCUGAUAAGAUGACUGUUAGAAUCAAUCAGUUGGACGAUGACAACAAACUGCUGUCUAAUGUAGAGGGUCUCACAUCUGGACUCAAUAUACAUAUUAUAGACAGUGAUCCAAACAACUAUAUUGCACAACUUCAAGACACUUCAAGUAUCGAACGUGCUCAAAUGUCAGAUGCAGAGUACAGUCAACGUGAUGGUACCUAUCGCAAAUGGAAACAGGAUCAAGCUGCCGCUGCAUCUGCUGCCGCCACUCAAUCUUCAACGCCUGCACCUACUACCACUACAACUGCUGCUGUCGUCGACGAGUUUGCCAACGAACCAACAGAUAUCAAGGUUGGCGAUAGAUGUUUGAUUAUAUCAGAUGACCUUGGUCGCAUUGGAAGCGUGGCGUACAUUGGCAAAGUGGAGGGAGCUGCCAGUGGCUACUGGAUCGGCAUCAGCCUGGACCUGCCUCAAGGCAAGAACAACGGAACACUGAAAGGCGUGCGAUACUUUGACUGUCAAGGUGACAAGUACGGAUGUUUCGUUCGUGCCAAGCACCUGAAAGUAGGGGACUAUCCCGAAGAGGAGAUAUAA